AUGUCGGAAGAAGAAGAUCAAAGAUUAAAAGAUUUUAAAAAGACAAACAGCAUUGUGUUUGAUGAAGCUACCAGGAAAGUCUGGGAAAGUGAAAACAAUACUGAACCUAAUGGUCCAAACGAAAUAGAAAAUACUAAUAACACCAAGAUAGAAGGUUCUUCAUCUGCUUCUACGGCUUUUGGUGUAAAUACCACGGAACCUAGCAUAAACGCCAAAAAUGAAGAAGUAGAAGACAGGCAUAACGAUCAGGCUGAUGAUACUACCUCUGGUAUUGUUCCAACAUUACAGAAUAUAGUUGCCACAGUUGAUUUAGAUUGUAGGUUAGAUUUGAAAACCGUAGCAUUACAUGCCCGUAAUGCAGAAUAUAAUCCAAGAAGAUUUGCUGCCGUUAUCAUGAGAAUCAGAGAGCCCAAAACAACGGCUUUAAUAUUUGCAAGUGGUAAGAUGGUUGUAACUGGUGCCAAAAGUGAAGAUGAUUCUAAAUUAGCUAGUAGAAAAUAUGCAAGAAUUAUUCAAAAGAUUGGAUUUAGUGCUAAGUUUACAAAGUUUAAAAUUCAAAAUAUUGUGGGCUCAUGUGAUGUUAAAUUCCCCAUUAGAUUGGAAGGGUUGGCAUUUAGUCAUGGUACCUUUUCAAGUUACGAACCCGAGUUAUUUCCCGGUUUGAUUUACAGAAUGGUUAAACCCAAAAUUGUUUUAUUAAUUUUUGUUUCUGGAAAAAUUGUUUUAACAGGUGCCAAAAAGAGGGAAGAGAUUUAUCAGGCUUUUGAAGCUAUUUAUCCUGUUUUAAGUGAAUUUAGAAAAUUGUAA